CAGUAGAAUGUAUAUUUGCAUUAUCACUAGAAGAAGAAAAAAUGGUUAGUUACCUGCACAGUAACUGUUGUGUUUUGAGAUGUUAUGUACAUAAACAUCCCCAUGACCCGCCCUCUUUACCUUCCACUUUGGAAGUGUUGUCAUCUUUCUGGUGCAAGGAAAAUGAGAAGGAGAUAGGGUAGCCUUACCCAUUAUGCCCUCUGCAGUAACUUUCAGCCUGAAGACAUGCAGGGUGCAUGCACCACCCUGGUGGCACUGCUGUUGUCAGUCUCCAACUUGAGUGCACUGGGUGCACAAACACCUUCAGUGAAAUGCAUACGUCCACAAUACAUCAGUUACUGGAGAGGUAAAUAACCCAGUGCAUGCAAGUAGUAUAAGGGCCCUACCCUCACUCAAAUGUUAGUACCACCCCUUGACCUCUUAAGCCCUGCCCACCUGUUACAGGAAGUCCCACACUUGGAGGGUAUUACUUCUGGGGGCAAGCCAGACACAUGACAGGAAGCAAGGUGUGUCGUGUGACCCCUCUAAGAACUCCUCCCACCUCCCUCUACCAAUUGGGAUGGGUUUUGGCCGCAAAGGACCACCCUGAGAGCAGGUUUUUGGGUAGGAUGAACUGCCCAGAGGAGGGUCAUGUGACCCCUCUAAGAACUCCUCCCACCACCCUCUGCCAAUCAGAGUGAAUCACCGUCAGCCCGUAAGUCCCAGAGCCAGACAGAAGAGGCCAUCUCUUACCAAGAAUGCGUGUUUUAGAAAUCAUGGAAAGGCUGAGAGGAAACAUGGACUCCUUCACCUCCCCUGUGAGAACUUCAGACUUUGUUUUAGCCCUGAGAGCCUUUGACCAUCCAUGGAGAAAGCGCUACAUCAGUGACAGUUCUGAGAAGGAGAGAGUGGCCCAGCUGUCGAUGGAUAUGCCAUUGAUGGAUACACCGGAACCCAAACCCAAAUCCCAAGUGCUUGUGAGACACCUGAAGAGUGUGGUGGUCUCUCGUCAUCUACCCCCCUGGAGGAGGAAAGCGAAUGCAGCCCGGGGGAGUCACCGGCCAACAAGGUGAACAGAAAAGACGUCACUCAGCCCGAUGAUGCCUUUCUGGAGGACCUGGAGGCCAUGGAAAGCAUUGCAUCAAGCAGCAAAGAUGAACCGGGCCCGCCUUGGUUUUGCUCAACGCCGAUACAAAUUGCUGAAGGAGGACUCCGAGGGUGACGGCUAUGAGGAGUUUAGGAGGAAGCUUGGCAUGGAACUAACUGAGCCAGUGCCAUGUUGUGAGCGUGAAAAGGUCAUGUGGACUAUUGUGCGUGUUGCUGUUUAUGCUGUCCUUAAUCCCUGUCUUAGGGAAAAGCUUUUUGAAGAUUGUGAGGGCUGUGUCAUAGAUGCGUCAGGCCAGCAGCACUGUGUGACUUGGACUUCGAAGCAUAUAAACUGCAAGCUCCGGGGCCUGUGUCCUGAGCUGUAUUUGGAAAGCUUAUUGAACACUGUUAUUACCAUAGGUUAUGCUGUGCAAUGUCUGUGCCUAAGCCAAGAACAUUUAAAGCAAGGGGUGGCCUCGAUAAAUGCUGUGCAAUUCAGUGGAGACCCUGACUGUGUUUUAGAGAAAAUGACCAAACCAGAAGAUGCCGGCUUACAGCGAUAUAUUCACCGUCUGGUCCACACAAAAAGUUAUAGAACCCUGCUUAAGAAAAAGACUCUUUGUAAGAAAUGUAAAAGGAUUAAGUUAGAGAAUGGUGAGGGGACAAACAUGCGAUAUAAAACUUGGUAGCUGUAAAUAAAUAAAUUAAAAAUCUAUUGAAAAG